AUGGUGACCGCUACUCGCAGUUUGGCUGUUAGGAGACCGAAUGAAAGUAUGAGACAUAUUGUGAUACUUUUUGUUGGAGGAUUUUUCGGCUUAAUUUUAGGAUUAUCACUCCCACCAUUGUCCAUAACGAAGUUGAACCUACCAUAUGGCCUGCUUCAUCGCUCUUGUGUACAGGAAAAGAAUACAGAUAGCAGAACCUCAUCCCAAGAUCAGUUUCAAAGUGACCCAAGAAAGAUUUGGGUUCCAACAAAUCCAAGAGGGGCAGAAAGAUUACCUCCUGGGAUCGUUAAAGCAGAGUCAGACUUAUUUUUGCGAAGAUUAUCGGGGAUUCCUAGUGAGGAUUUACCCUUUGUACCAAAGUACCUUGUGACCUUCACUGUUGGGUAUAAGCAGAAAAAGAAUAUCGAUGCAGCUGUGAAAAAGUUUUCAAAGGAUUUCACAAUCCUUCUAUUUCAUUAUGAUGGGCGAACAACGGAAUGGGAUGAGUUUGAGUGGUCAAAACAGGCAAUUCAUGUUAGUGUUCCCAAACAAACCAAAUGGUGGUAUGCCAAGAGGUUUCUACAUCCAGAUAUUGUGGCACCAUAUGACUAUAUUUUCAUGUGGGAUGAAGACCUAGGGGUUGAGAAUUUCAAUGCAGAAGAAUACCUAAAAUUGGUGAGGAAGUAUGGCUUGGAGAUAUCACAGCCUGCCUUGGAACCUAGUAAAAGUACGAAAGGGGUGUGUUGGAAUAUGACAAGGAAAAAAGAAAAUAGCGAAGUUCACAAAGAAGCAGUGGAAGCAGGAAGGUGUAAGUACCCUCUUCUACCUCCUUGUGCAGCGUUUGUUGAGAUUAUGGCUCCAGUGUUUUCACGAAAUGCAUGGCGCUGUGUGUGGUAUAUGAUUCAGAAUGAAUUUGUGCAUGGAUGGGGUCUUGAUUUUUCUUUUAGAAAAUGUGUUGAGCCUGCCCAUGAAAAAAUUGGAGUUGUUGAUGCUCAGUGGAUUGUUCACCAAGGUAUUCCCUCACUAGGAAACCAGGGAGAAGCACAAACUACUGGGAAACCUGCAUGGCGAGCAGUGAAGGAGAGGUGUGGCAUGGAGUGGAGGAUGUUCCAGGGUAGAUUGACAAACGCAGAAAAGGGAUAUUACAAGUCCAAGGGGAUUGAUUUUUCUAAUUUGCUCGUCCAUAAUUAG